CGUCUUUCUCGUCCAAAAAGUUCGGGACAACAACCUUGACCAGAAUUAUUUUCUUCUUCUCCCUUCGUUUCCAUCGCAACUCCCUGCCCUCCUCGUUCCAUCAAAUCGUAUCGCAAUGCUGUCGUUACGCACGUUUGCACGCUCUGCGCCUCGCUCCAUUGCCCGUUUGGCCACUGUCUCAAGAAGUCCUGCUGUGUUUGGCGGUGCUAUCAGAGCUGCGCCGUCUGUCGCCAGGUUCACUGCUCCAUUCUCAACAUCUUUUGUGAGAAGACAAGGCAAUGAAGAGCUCGUGGCGAAGUUGACCUCCGAGUACGAAAUUGAGACUAGCUCGAGAGAGGAGGACGCCGACUCCAGCGCAACCAUCAAGGAGUAUCUCGAGGACAGCCCAUUCAAGCUUAUUGACACUCCGGGCCAAGAAGAGGUCAUCCUGACACGCAAGUACAACGACGAAGAGAUCCGCGUAACCUUCUCUAUUGCAGACCUCGCCAAUGAAUCUCUCCAAGACAGUUAUGCCGAGUCCGACCAUGCCAUGUUCGACGAGGGCGCCGACCUAGACGGCAGUGCGAACUCCAAGGGUGCCAUCAACGCAGGGGGCAGCUCAGGCAACAUGCGCACCGCACCAGAAGACCGCAUUGCUCCCUCUGACGAAGAGGGCUACGAUGAGGAUCUUGAGCCGGCUCCAGCGUUCCCUGCCCGUGUCAAUGUGCGCGUGACCCGUGACGGCAAGCAGGGCGCCAUCAUGAUCGAGGCCACGGCGCAAGACGGUGAGAUAAUCAUUGACAACGUGUACUUCUUCAAGGAUGUCGCGCAGGCCGACCCUGAGAACGCAGAUGCCGAGUGGAAGAGGCGCUCUGUGUAUGCGGGACCGCCGUUCGGCAAUCUGGAUGAGGAGCUGCAGAUUCUGCUUGAGCGAUACCUUGACGAGAGGGGUAUUGAUGUCAGGAUGGCCAACUUCAUUCCUGAGUUCAUCGACUACAAGGAGCAGAAGGAGUACGUCAGGUGGUUGAACAACUUGAAGAACUUCUUCGAGUAGGCUCAACGUCAAAAUUCAGCGACAGAAUGCAAGCAUGUAAAGGGAGAGGUGGCGUUUCGUGGAAAAUGUCUUCAGAACGAAGAACUUGUAACAACAGAAACGGCGCGUUGCGCCACUCCAUUGGGAGUCAAAAUGGCUCUUGCGUGACUGGACAAGAGAGACCAAAAAAAAAGUAAUAUAUUUUCUCCCCACUGCAUUAUAUACACGCAUGAUUCUUGGGUAUCUUCUCGUCUAAA